AUGUUUUUAUUCAGCCCCAUUCCUUCGCCGACACUCGAUGGCACCAACUCCCGCUGUGGUGAAUUCUACAAGAUUGGAGCCAAUGAGAACUGCGCUACCGUGGAAGAGAAGUUUGGAAUAUCGAGUUCUGACUUCCUUUUCCUGAACCCCGAGGUGUUUACAAACUGCACCAAUCUGCAGAAGGAUGUCUACUACUGCGUUGAGCCUGUCGGAUAUAUCUCCACGUACCCUGGCUACGGCGGAUCUACUACUGGUAUACCGGCAUUUACCAGGAUUUCAAUGACAGACGUUCCUUUCCCUACACGGAGCUAUAUUAGCGGCGGAUACCCAGUUAUCCCGAUCGCCAACGGCACAAGAACAGACUGCAUGGAAUACGCUUGGUUUCAUGAAACCCAGUUCCCGGGUCAAGAAAUAGAACUAGACUGCUGGAAUAUCGCCAUGUUUUACGAAAUCACUGGAGAGGAAUUUGUUCUAUGGAACCCAUCCAUGGCCAAGAAUGGUACACGGACUAGCUCUUCAAGCAAGGCACUUAUUUCACUUGUAUCGGCGACCCCGAGUGCUAGCCCGAUGGUGCUGCCAUCUUCUUACAAUUACCCCUGCACCGUGUCACAAAGCACAUCCUACUGUGUGGCUAUAUCAACACCUACUUCAACCUAA